AUGGAGGAAGACAAAGGAGUUGCCAAAGGGAAAAGAAUGGAGAAAGGCAAAGGAGUUGCCAAAGGUGAAGGAGUUGGUGACAGGGGCACAAUUUAUGGUGAAGAAUAUGACACGGAUGAAUUGGUUAGUCUUAGUGGAUCAUCAUCAGAGGGUGAGGAAGGAGGAAAGUCCAAGAUUAGAAGGAGGAACAAUGGAUCACAAUAUGAACCUACAAUUUUAUCAACCAAAUCAGUCAAGAAGCCAUCAGCAUCUACUUCCAUUCAGUAUGGGUGGAGAGCACCAUCAGCAUCUACCUCCAUUCAAUCUAGUUGGAGAGCACCAUCAGCAUCUAUUUCCAUUCAAUCUGCUUGGAGAGCACCAUCAGCAUCUACUUUCAUUCAGUUUGCUUGGAGAGCACCAUCAGCAUCACAAAAAUCAACUUGGAAUACACCAAGUAAUGCAUCAAAAAGUAGUUGA